AUGACUAACCCCCAAGAUAACCCAGGCACUCCUCCACAACCUACACCCUCUGAUUACUUCCCCCCUCCUCAACCCAGCACAAACCCCCAACCUAGGAGAAGGCGAGUGAAGAUGCUUGCUCGCAAAACUGUAGCUACAGGUGCGCUUUUAAAGAAACCGAACGCCAAAUUAAAGGCUAGCCAAGCACAAGAUUCUGAAAACUCAGAUGACUCCUUCAAAUCUGCAAGUGAGGGGGAAGGAACUGGGUCUUCUGAUUCUAAGAAGGCUCAAAAUCCCCCUUCUGAGAAAGUGGCCGCAAGCUAUAAUCCAAAAAAAAGGACAACCUUAACACCAAAAGCCCCCAGCACUGCAAAAACUACCAAGAAAAGGAAGGCUACUUCUCCAACAACUACUGAGAUUCCUCUAGCAAAAGGAAGGGCCACAAGGAGUAAGUUGAAGCAGAGUGAGGAGGAGUUAUAA